AUGGCCGAGAAGAGGCAGUCGGGCAAGCCCACCGAGGACGAGGAGGAAGUUCCAGCCUUCUUCAAGAACCUGGGCUCCGGAAGCCCCAAGCCCCGGCAGAAAUUCUGUGGCAUGUUCUGCCCCGUGGAAGGCUCCCUGGAGAACAAAACCAUCGACUUCGAUUCCCUCUCGGUAGGACGCGGUUCCUCCUCCUCCUCCUCGGGCGGCAGGAUCGUGGCCAAGCAGAAGGACGUGGCCCACCUCGGACCGGAUGCUCAGUCCCAUUAUUCCUGGCAGAGCAGGAAGGGAGGGGAACCAUCUGUUGAUUUCGGGAGGAAGGUGGAGAUCCGGAGAGCCACUGGCAAAGAGGCUUUGCAGAACCUGAACGACAAGGUGAGAGGUCUUUUUUGGUGCGGGGAGCGGGGGAGGGGUCUGAGACCCAGUUGAUCUUGGGCUCGCUUUUUCACCGGGGGCAGACAAAGUAAACGGGGAGGGGAACCGUGCUCAGACUGUCCCCAUCGACAGAUCGUCAGGGAGGUGAUUCUGCUCUUGAGGGUGUGAGUGUGGCACGUGUGAGGCUGCAGCAACCUUCCAUCCCAGCCCCGCCACCCGUUUCUUUCAAGCUGGCAGACUUUUUCCUCCUUUUCUGCCUUAGGCAUUUUCCGAGCAGUGGUAG